AAGGAAAAUAGCUGAAUAAAGUUCAGCAGUCUCCUCUGCUCUCCUCUCCCCUGCAGAAGAGCGGCUGGAUGGAUGGUUGUUGGGUGUGAGUCGGUGAGGUGGGCUGGCUGAAGUAAACAUCGAGCGAUGGGAUUGAGCCCUCCUCCUCCUCCUCCCUCCAGUCCCAGUGAAGAUGGCGGAGAGCGGGAGGAUGCGGGCUGACGGCAUCGCCAACUUGUGCGUUUAACCCGCACAUCCAGAGGAACCGCUCCGGCGCUUCUGGACGGGGGACUUUUAUGUGGUGAUGUCUUAGCCUUGGCUGCUGCGGCUUCUCAGAACAGCAAGGGAGGCAGUGGAGGUAGGAGGCAAACAAAUAGAGAGAGAAAUACAAGAAUGAGAGCUGAAAGGAUUCUGAGGUUGGUGCUAUGCGUCCUAAGCCUUGUCACUACAUCCUUUGCUAAAGCAGAUGAAGGGCUCACCAGAACAACUUCACUGAAGAAGACAAAUCAGCCAGCCAUGACCUAACCCACCAUCGUCUGAGACCUGCAGCGAUUUCUUAAAACUGUUCCCAUCACUGAAGAAAAGGGCAGGAGCGGCGAGUCGGUCGCCGGAUAUGGGGGCAAUGGUUACCUAGACUGAUCAGUUGUUUCUUUGGAGCUGAAUUAAGGCUGAAGUUGGCCUGUUUUCAACUCCUCCUAUAGGUCCCUCUCUUUGGCCAUACUGUUUCUAUCUUGUCUUGUUUGUCUUGGCCCUGCUAGCCAUGGCUGGUGUGAGGAAACUAGCUCGGGCCGUCCGGCAGCAGGGCCUACAUCGCCUAGUUCUAGCUCUUAUCCUCUUCUGUCUGCUCUCCAUGGCCUACCUGGCUUACCACGUCAGCGCCGGCCCCAAGAUCAAGGAGGCUCCUCCGCUACCACUUGGAGACUGUGUAGCUGCAGCUCCAGUCAGUGGCAGCCAGAGGGCACCUCUUUUCCUGCCUUCACAAGUGAGCCAACGACGGCAGGCCGCGAGGACGGUGGACACUGCACGCACUGAGCCAGUGGUGCUCUUGUUUGUGGAGAGCAUCUAUUCCCAGCUCGGCCAGGAGAUCGUGGCGAUCUUGGAGUCUAGCCGCUUCCGCUACCGCACAGAAAUUGCACCGGCUAAAGGAGACAUGCCCCCACUGGCCUGGCGGGGCAGAGGCCGUUAUGCUUUGAUUGUCUAUGAGAACCUACUUAAAUAUGUCAACCUGGACUCCUGGAAUAGGCAGCUGCUGGACAAGUAUUGCCAGGACUAUGGUGUGGGCAUCAUCGGGUUCUACCGUGCCAACGAGAACUCGCCGUCCAGUGCCCAGCUCAGAGGCUUCCCACUCUUCCUGCGCUCUAAUCUGCCGCUAUGGGACUGCCGCAUCAACCCAGCUUCCCCUCUGCUUUACAUCACCCGGCCCAGCGAAUUAGAACCUGGACCUCUACCUGCAGACAACUGGACCACCUUCCUGUCCAACCACAGCACUUAUGAACCAGUCCUGCUGGCCAGUCCCAGACCCGCAGAGUCGCCAACACACAACCUCCUGCAGAGAGCGCUGUUAGCUACAGUCAUGCAAGACCUUGGACUUCAUGAUGGAAUCCAACGUGUGCUCUUUGGUGGGAGCCUGUCUUUCUGGCUGCACAAAUUGCUGUUUGUGGAUGCAGUGGGUUAUUUGACUGGAAGACGGCUCAGCUUGUCGCUGGACAGGUUUCUGCUGGUAGAUGUGGAUGACAUCUUUGUGGGAAAGGAGGGGACACGCAUGAAGGUGGCUGAUGUUGAGGCUCUGCUCCAAACCCAGACCAAACUACGCACUCUAGUCCCCAAUUUCACAUUCAACCUGGGCUUCUCUGGAAAGUUUUUUCAUACAGGUACUGAUGAGGAGGAUGAAGGAGAUGACACUCUGCUCAGACACAGACAGGAGUUCUGGUGGUUUCCUCACAUGUGGAGUCACAUGCAGCCCCAUCUCUUCCAUAACGUCAGUGUUCUCGCAGAACAGAUGAGGCUCAACAAGCAGUUUGCCCAGGAGCAUGGGAUCCCCACAGACAUGGGCUAUGCUGUGGCCCCUCACCAUUCUGGAGUGUAUCCAGUCCACAGUCAGCUGUACCAGGCCUGGAAGAGUGUGUGGGGCAUUACAGUAACCAGCACAGAGGAGUACCCCCACCUCAGACCCGCCCGCUUCCGCAGGGGCUUCAUCCACAGUGGCAUACAGGUACUCCCACGGCAGACCUGUGGAUUAUUUACACACACCAUCUUCUACAAGGAUUACCCAGGAGGCCCUCAGGAACUGGAUAAGAGCAUCCGUGGAGGAGAGCUGUUCCUUACUGUGCUGCUAAAUCCGGUUAGUAUCUUCAUGACCCAUCUGUCUAACUAUGGUAAUGACCGGCUGGGUCUGUACACCUUCGAGUCUCUGGUGAAAUUUGUGCAGUGCUGGACUCACCUGAACUUGCAGACUUUGCCUCCAAUACAACUGGCUGAAAAAUAUUUUCGUAUCUUUCCGGAUGAGAGAGACCCCCUGUGGCAGAAUCCGUGCCAUGAUAAGAGACAUAAAGACAUCUGGUCUAAAGAAAAGACAUGUGACAGGCUGCCCAAGUUUCUGGUAGCUGGCCCUCAGAAAACAGGAACGACGGCUCUACACGCAUUCCUGUCCCUCCACCCUGCCAUCACUGCCAGCUUCUCCAGCCCUGUCACAUUUGAGGAGGUUCAGUUCUUCAGUGGGCCAAACUACCUGCGUGGAAUUGACUGGUACAUGGACUUUUUCCCAGUGCCCUCUAAUGUGAGCACAGACUUCCUAUUUGAGAAGAGCGCUAAUUACUUUGACACUGAGGCCGUCCCAAAGAGAGCCUCUGCACUGCUACCCAGAGCCAAAAUCAUCACCAUCCUCAUCAACCCUGCAGACAGAGCGUACUCUUGGUACCAGCAUCAGAGGGCCCACCAGGACUCUGCUGCACUGAACUACACAUUUCAGCAGGUCAUCUCUGCAGGCCCUUCAUCUCCUGCAGCUCUGCUCACCCUGCACCGGCGCUGCCUGCAGCCCGGAUACUACAGCAGCCACCUAGAGCACUGGCUCCAGUACUACCAGCCCAACCAGGUUCUGAUAGUUGAUGGACUCCAGCUGAGGUCUAACCCAGCCCAGGUGAUGGACAGUGUGCAGAAAUUCCUGGGAGUCACACCCUUCAAUUACACUCAGGCACUAAUGUUUGACGAGAGUAAAGGUUUCUGGUGUCAGAGGCUAGAUGCUGGGCGAAAUCGCUGUCUGGGAAAGAGUAAAGGCAGAAAAUACCCAGAUAUGAGCCCUGAGUCGCGGGGCUUCCUGUCAGAGCAUUACCGGGAGCAGAACGUGGAGCUGUUGAGGCUGCUGAAGCGCUUGGGUCAGCCGUUGCCCACCUGGCUCAGAGACGAACUACACAACUCCAGCUGGAGCUGACACCUAGUUACUGGGACGCGAAUUGGACCACAACUAGAAGCCUGCUCUGUAGCGGAGAACACAGUGCCCCUGUGUGACAGGAGGACAGAGGAUCGCCUCUCCCGACUCUACAGCCUCUACACUCUGUGGACAUCCAACCAAGAGGAGUGGCGCGGCACCCAGGGCAUCUGUAAGAACCAGGGUGGUGAAGGGUCUGAAUCGGCGCAAGAGUGGACCUCAUCAGCGGGUUUUUGAGGACUGUACACUUUUAUUUAAUUUCCAAGAUGAUGCUGUGGGAGCUUGUUAUUUGCAUUGUGGGAAAUGGUGUUUCACAAUGUGUUAUUAAUGACCGUGGACUGGUGCCAUCUCAGUAGAAAGCCUUUAGAAAACAAGGCUUGUGCUCAUGAUUUCAAGAGAGUUGAAACACUUAGGCUAUGUUCAUACUGCCAGCCCAAAUCCGAUUAUUGGCAUAUCUAGGUUGGUUGAAUUUUAAUAGUCUGGACAGAAAGGAACCACAAGAAAUUUGAAUUCUGAAAAUCAGAUUCAAACAACAUUUGGAGCUGUUUGAAAUGCAGUCACAAUCAGAUGUGCACAGAUGUCUUUAACUUUCACUUAAAUCAAGGCAAACAAGGACCUAAUCAAACCCAGAGUGAUGAAACUCCAAGAAAAGCACAGUAACUGAUAUCAACAGAUACUGAUGUGUGAAACAAAUCUGAUUUGCCUGCAGUCUGAGCAUAGCCUUAAACCCUGUUUACACCUGGUCACUUCAUAAGACUAGUGUCUGCAUUGUAUCCUGAUGAGAUUUUAGCUAUAUGCAUUACACUAGGCAGUCAAAGGCAUCUCUAGUAUGCAACUUUGCUCAUAUUACUGGUGUUUUGGUUGCAUUGGGAGAUUACACAGCUAUAAAGUGGUUUAAAGGCAAUUCAGAUCCUCUCCUAAAGUGGUUUGAGUGAUCAGAUCUAUAUCUGUUUUAAAUGCAACAUGAGUUUUGUGUUUUUAUGUUGCUUAGUCUUAUUCAGAUAUAAUCCUGAUACUUACCAAGUGACUGAUGAAGUGACCAGCUGUACCCGGGGUUCUAGCUGAGUGGAUGUGAAGGAAUUUUCUGGCCUAGUUGAAAAUCCACAGGCUGGUGUAAAUGAGCUUUUUAUUAAUUCUGCUAAGCAGAGAGAGAUAUUUGAAAAUGUGUUGCUUAGGAUAUUCCAACAUUUUGCUGAUUCCUGAAAUUUGACUGUAUAAAUGGUAAAUGUUAGGAAGCAGCUUGCGCUGUUUCACAACCAACUACAUACAAAAGAAAUACUAAAACAUUCCAGAGCCUUACAAACAUGCGCAUCCCACUUUUCCACAAAUAAAAAAACUGACUUCCUUAAAAAACCUAAACAGAAAGGUAGGCCUGUCACAUUAACUGAUUUUGUUUGGACUAUAUAUUUUCCCAAAAAUUGCUAAGAUAUUGUUGUAUUACACAUUGUAUUAAACAUUUUAUGAUACAUAAAUUUUUAAAUAUCCCACAAGAAUAAAACCUUAAGUGGACAUACCAGCUUAUUCAUGUUAAUUGGCUCUUCCUCGUUGAGAGAAACCUAAACCUAAAAUUAUUGAGGUUAUGUUCAAAUAUUGUACCAUAAAUCAAUAACGUACAGUAAUUAUUGUGACAGGUCUACAGAAGUGUUUAUAUAAAUCAUACAGGAAUUUAGUGAAUGCCACCAAGUGGCUAGCACAGGUACCAGACUGGCACAUCUGGAACAUCUGCAUGAGCUUCUUAAAUAGACAGUGGAAGUGCCUACACAGAAGAGUGUAAAGCCAUGCUGAGGGCCAGCUCUUACCUGGCUUGUGUGCUUAAGAGCAAGUAAAUAGGUCAGCAGUGUUUUAGAGGCUGAAAUGAUUGUGCCAAACGAUAAGGGGGAACAAUCUGCCAAAAACGAGACAAACAUUGUGCUUCAGACACCAUUUGUUUUGCCACUGAGGAAGUCAUGCUGCAUUCCAUUCAUUUGGGAUGUCAGGACUGGGAAUAUUGUGUCACCUAAAUUGACUGCGUUCCAGUUAAACUUUCAGGUAUCAGCCAUUAUUGUUAGCAUUUUUAGCAAUGCCAGUUGAUAAUAAAAGCAUUAUACAGUAGUAUUUUGCACAUCGUAAAUGGCAAAGUUUGGACAGUAUUGUGUGUAUGACUGAUUUAAUUAGACACAGUGAAAAGUGAUAAACAAUACAAGGUGAGCCAAAAGUCACAGGACACUCUUUUAUUUUAGAAAUGAAAUAUGGCGGCUUUGUUCCGGACAUAACCUGAAAGGUGACCUCCCUCACCCAUACUUGGGGUAUAUACAACAUUUUCCCUUUAUUUUUGUUUUCUGUUCAUUUCUGAAAUAAAAGGGUGUCCUGAAACUUUUGACUCAUUGUGAUAAACUACACUCUGACGUCUGAGUUUAAAUGGAACGCAGCAUCUGUGUGUAUGUGUGGUAGUGUAUGAGUGUAUAAUGUGUAUAAGUGGAAGUUAGUUGCAGUGGCUCAACUGUAUAUCAGCUCAGAGUAGUAUGAUGAUGAUCUGUCGUCUUGUUUGGCAAAAAACACAUCUGCAAAUAAAGGCACAAAAUGGCA